UUACUUUCCCCUGAAUAGUGAAAUGUCGAUGUAUUUUUUUCCUUUUUCAGAUAUAGUCUAUAUAAUAAAAUUCUAACAAUAUUGUUUGAAACAAGUACAAUUAUAUGAUGGUUGUCUCAUGAUACUGAAAAGCUAAGUAAGGUAUAUAUUUAUUUUUAAUCGGGAUCGUCAUGAUCUCUCUGACCUGAGUUACAGCUAUUCGGACAAAAAUGGCAGCCCUCACGGAGGAAGAUUUGGAAAGAAUGGCAAUGGAAGAAAUUGUGAAGGAAGCAAAGAGAAAUUCAGAGAGAGCAAAAGAGUUUGGAUCUCUUGGCUGGCAGAAUCCAGGGAAGACCGCCAACAAACGGUUCCUAAGCAACAUGCUGGUCAGUACAUUGCGUAAUCCCCUUAAAAAGAGUGUUUAUAAUAAUUCUGAUAGAGAGAGGACGACCAGUAAUUCAGAUUCAGACAACCACAGGAAACCAUGGCACUCACAGGAUUACAAGAGGAACAGUGAUUCUCAAAAGCCGAGAAAAAGUAACACAGAAUUUCAUGUUAGUGAGAAAAAUUCAUCUGCAUCUGCUAAAAUGUCAUUCAGAGGAAGGAAUAUAAUAGAGUCUCAUUACAGACAUGAUGGUGAUCACAGGAGAUUUAACACAGACAGAGGGGCACAUAGAGAGACUGGCCACAGAGGUCAACACAGGGAUAGAGAGACUGACCACAGGAAUAGAGAGGCUGAUCACAGGGCUGACCACAGGGUCAGGGAAACUGACCACAGGGACAGGAAAACUAACCACAGGGACAGAGAAACUGACCACAGGGACAGGGAAACUGACCACAGGGACAGGAAAACUGACCACAAGGCUGACCACAAGGACAGGAAAACUGAAUACAGGGACAGCAAGUCACACAAUAGGUACAGGACUAAUGGUGACAUAUUCCCCAGAGAGGGACCGCCUGAUGGUGUGGAGGAUGUGGUACAUGAAGAUUACAUGAAAUACCUCCACAACUAUAAAAAACACAUGAAUUACUACGAGAAAGUGGAAGAGAGUGUGCUCAAAAAGUAUUCUGGGGAAGGUAAAUCGUCCGAGGUUCAGGAUGGAUUUGAAGCACGAGGAUCAUCCAAAACCACCAGUGAGAAACAUAUUGUAAAAAUAUGUAAAAAGGAAAGUAAGUCAUGGAGUGACAGUGAUUUUUCAGAGAGUGAGAGGGAUUUCAACACAUCGAAGAGUUUAUCAUCACUGAAGACAAAUAAAAAAUCAAAACCUGUCAAGAGAAAACACUCCGGUGAAAAAGAGAGUAAAUCCAAAAAGAAAAAAAGGUUAAAAGUGGAAGAGGGAUGUGAUUCUCGAGAUACUGAGUCACUAGGUUUGGUAACUGUUGAAGAAAACAGGCGUGAUAGUGAUGUCAACUCUGAUAGUGUAAAGGGGAAUAACUCUGCUCUGUGUGAUACAGAAUCAAAUCAAAAUGAAGAAGCUUUACUAAAGAAAAAGUCGAAACACAAAAAACACAAGCAUAAAAAGCACAAAAAGAUAAAGACAGAUAAUGAAUAGAGGAAAAAUAGUAAUAGGACUCCGAGUUCUGGGUGUUAAGAAAAUAAAACUAACGAGAUCUUA